AUGAAGGAAUUAAUAAAGCAGUUUAUGGCUCAACAAGGGCAAUUUGCAACUAAAAUUAAGACUCAACAGGCACAGUUUGCAGCUGAGUUAAAGAGUCAACAAUUGCUUACGAGAAAUCUAGAAUUACAACAGGGCCAAAUUAUAGGAGCACAAAAUACAAAACCUCAAGAAGCAUUACCUAGCGAUACAAAGAUAAAUCCCAAGCAGGUAAAUGUGGUUACAACAAGGAGUAGGUUGCAAACUAAGGAGACAGUUCAGAAGCAAGUUAGUCUUCCAAUCAAUGAUGAGGAGAAGAAAACUCUUCCCUUACCAUUUCUACAAAGGGCAAGGAAGCAUCAAGAGGAGGCGAGUUACAAGAAGUUCUUAGAUCUUCUGAAGCAGGUUCAAGUGAAUCUUCCUCUUGUUGACAUUCUACAAAGUGUGCCAAAAUAUGAAAAAUACUUAAAAGACAUAGUUGCGAGUAAGAAUCAGUUGACCGAAUAUGCUACAACCAUUUAUGCACGUGGAUUUUGUGACUUGGGAGCUAGCAUAAAUCUUAUGCCCACAUCGUGGUACUGGAAGGUAGGUCUUGGGAGUCCCAAACCUACCACUAUUAUUUUACAGUUGGGAGAUCGAUCACUUGCUAGGACGGAUGGCAUUAUUGAAGAUGUGUUGGUGCAAGUAGGAUCUUUAAUCUUUUCGGUGAAUUUUGUAAUUCUUGACUUUGAGGCUGAUCCUGUGGUUCCAUUUAUUUUGGGACAAUCCUUCUUAGCAAUGGGAAAGUCACUAAUUGAUGUAGCAGUUGGGAAAAUGAAAAUGCGAGCGCUUGAUAAAGUAGAAGUAUUUGAUAUGUAUAAGACGCUGAAACUGCCAGCUAUAUAUGAGGAGUAG